GGGGGAGGGGUGCGGCGGGGGAGGGGAGGAGGCCUGGCCCGGCGGCCGCCGCCGCCGCCCGCCCGGACCGCCCGGACCGCCGCGGGGCGACGGGCCCGAGACGGCGCCCCGCGCCCCGGAUUCGCCUCGGCUCGGCCGCGCGUGUAUUUCCCUUCCUCCAUGAUCUCCAACACUGAUAGAGUGGAAGAAACUGAGGUACCAUGAAAAAGAAAAGUAACUGGGACUGAGAAAAGGAAAGAGGGUUCCUUAAAGGAUGUGUAAGAAACUAGAGUUGAAAAUUUCUCGCGAUAUCUUGGUACAUCCAACGUAAUAGGCCUCAGUGAGCCUCAGCGCCGAAAUAGAAGCUCGCGAUACUUCUGCAGUUGCCGGAGACGAAGAAGAGGAGGAGGAGGAGGAGGAGGAGGAGGAGGAGGAGAGGUGAUCUCGCGAAAGAAAACAGGUCGGGAGCGCUCGCGAGAUCUCAGACCACCGGACACCAAAGGUUCUUAGGAAGUUGAAGGGCCUGGAGGAGGCCCGGGAACAAAUGGCCGCAGCUGGACCAGCCAUGCUGUUGCGAGAGGAGAAUGGCUGUUGCAGCCGGCGUCAAAGCAGCUCCAGCGCAGGGGUUAGCUCGGGUUCUGGGAUUGAGGGGCCGUCGGGGAGCAAGAUGGGGGGACGGAGGGGGAACUACAGCUCCCGGCAGCCUCUGGGCUUCGUGUGAGCGCCCCGCGGGCUGUCGGGAGCUGUGGUUCCGCGGGCGGGCAGCAGCCGAGGCGGCGCGGUCUGAGCGCCUGUCCCGCCCCGCUCAGGACUCAGAUGGGGAGCGCGAGGACUCACCGGCUACGCGCGCUAGGCAGCAGCUGGAGGCGCUACUCAACAAGACUAUGCGCAUUCGCAUGACAGAUGGACGGACACUGGUCGGUUGCUUCCUCUGCACCGACCGCGACUGCAAUGUUAUCCUGGGCUCGGCGCAGGAGUUCCUCAAGCCGUCGGAUUCCUUCUCUGCCGGGGAACCCCGUGUGCUGGGCCUGGCCAUGGUACCUGGACACCACAUCGUUUCUAUUGAGGUGCAGAGAGAGAGCCUGGCGGGGCCUCCCUAUCUCUGAACACGAUCGCGCAUGCCUUUCGGACUUCAUUAAAUCUGUAACCGAC